CGUAUCUACUGCCAAUAAAUGGCCCCGCAACUUUCCAGCUGAACGCAGCAAACGCCAAGGCCGCAUUUACCUAACAUGUGCCCAUAGUUACUCCCAUGACGGAGUCGUAGGUGGCAGAUGCUCUGCUCGUUCUCGUUAAAACACCAUUUAACGAAACUGUUUAUGUCUAUGUUAUCCUAGUUUGUACUAAUGUCCUCAGUUCUCGGUAGAUACAGUUAGGUAACGAUAUGGGCGACAGGUCCCCAGCUACUCCGGCAUUCCAACCAGGUGUUAGAUGUUCGGCUAGUUGCGAGAUAACAAUAACAAACCUACUGGGAUACCUAAGUAGCAAUCGGUGUCACGUCGCCUCAGCAAUCAGGUAUCGGCGCUCAUGUUGUGACCAGUGAAGGGACAUCCAACUUGCUACAAUAUCGACCUGGUUGAGACGCACAUGUGAUUGAAGUGUUAGCUCUGUGUGGGAUGGAAAUUUUUAUGAUGGGAAUGUUGUUACUCUGGGUGUAAGAGUUGUUACACCCUCUAUUUUAGUCGGAAGUGAAAAAGAUUCAUUGUACUUUUUAUGAUAAAUAUUGUCCAUAACAUGCAACCUUAGGAUUGUGAUUCCUUAUUGUUCGAAGAUUCGGCGAUAAUUGUAGCUGAUUAUAGCCUGAAAGUGCUUCAAUUGGCUAUAAAUUUUAUUGUUGAACGAAACCUCACUGCUUUAUACACUUUGCUGGCAGGAUUUUCUUUUCAUAUCUUCUCUGCUGGUUACAAAUGCAGAAGGGAAUCCGUUUUAACGAGGGCCAGUUACUGUACCUGGCCAGUAAAGCUCGCCAUGAAAACAGUAUGAAUGGUUUCCUAUUCAAGAAGAGUUCUGACACUGGUAAAUGGCAGCAACGACAUUUUGUCUUGUAUCAGAAUGUAUUGUUUUACUUCGAGAAUGACAGCGUUGUGCGUCCAUCAGGUGUGGCGCUCCUGGAGGGAAGUUACUGUGAGCGACUCGUUACACCGGUGGUUGUGCACAAAGGGAAAGACACAGAAAAACAGUAUUGCUUUACCAUCACGUACAAAAGCGAGGGCCAAAGACAAUACGAUCUACGCAGUGAAUCAGAGUCGGACUGUAAGGCAUGGAUUGAUGCCAUCCAGAGAGCAAGCUAUGGCAAGGUGUUGGAACAGAAAGAAGAACUGGAGCAGAAACACUUGCACCUUCUGCAGAUUCUUGACAGCGAAAGGCAGGCCAAGUGGCACUAUGUUCAGCAGACCGAGGAGCUGGCAGCAGAGGUGAAGAAACUCAAAGCUGAGUUACAGAAAUUUCAGAAGGAAAGUGGUUCAAAUCUUCAAGUUAAUGAGGAGACCGAUGAAAUAAAAAAGAUUAAGAAGGUUCAAAGCUUUUUUCGAGGAUGGCUGUGUCGACGUCGCUGGAAGCAGAUUGUGGAACUGUAUAUUCGGUCUCCUCAUGCAGAGAGUAUGCGGAAACGCAACAGCAUUGUUUUCAGUAUGGUAGAGUGUGAGGAAGAGUAUAACCGCCAACUUUCUUGCCUUGUCACUUGUUUUCUGAGACCGUUAAGAAUGGCUGCAAGUUCAAAGAAACCCCCCAUAUCACAUGAAGAUGUCAACUCUAUAUUUCUGAACAGUGAGACCCUACUGUUUUUACAUCAGAUAUUUCUGAAGGGUUUGACAGCAAGACUAGAAAACUGGCCAACACUUGUAUUAGGGGAUUUGUUUGACAUGCUUCUACCAAUGCUGAGCAUAUAUCAGGAAUAUGUGCGCAAUCAUCACUACAGUCUACAGGUUCUAGCUGAAUACAAGCAACGACCAGAAUUUAACAACUUGCUGCGCCGCUAUGAAGAGAAGCCUGCGUGUGAGGGUCGCACUCUGGAGACCUUUCUCACAUAUCCUAUGCAUCAGAUACCUCGCUACAUUAUCACUCUGCACGAACUCCUUGCCCAUACACCCCAUGAGCAUGUUGAACGACGAAGCCUAGAGUUUGCAAAAGGCAAAUUGGAAGAACUCUCUAGGGUGAUGCAUGAUGAAGUGAGUGAAACAGAAAACAUUCGCAAGAACCUUUCGAUAGAACGGAUGAUUGUUGAAGGCUGUGACAUACUUUUGGAUGUCAACCAGACGUUUGUCAGACAAGGGCCUUUGCUGCAGGUGAUUCAUGAGAGAGGAAAAUCAAGUCGUGGAAGACUGGGGUCUUUUAGCUCUUCAUUUAAGGAAUCAAAAAAGGAGGUAGUUCGUCAGAUAUUCCUUUUCACAAAUCACAUUCUCCUGACUGUGAGAGCUUCCAAUGGCCGCCUUCAUCUAGCAAAGAUCUGUGGCAAGAUUCCACUGACAGACUGCACAUUGGUUGAAGACCCUAGUUCAGAUGUUUUCUUCUUUGAUGAGGAAACCUCUUCCUUGGAUUCCAAUCUCAGCCUUGGCAGUCAGUCGUCGGUCUCAAAUUUGCUGCCAGCACCUCCACCUAGCUGGGAACAAAGCAGGGCAGUGGAUUACAAUGGUCUAGACUUCCGCCUCAUCGUGGACUCAAAAAGUGGCCCUCCGACCACUGUGUCCUUAGUGGCCUCUACGCUGCAUGAGAAAUCUGCAUGGUGUAGUGAUAUUAGCCAGUGCAUCGAGAACUUACUGUACAGUGACCUCUUGAACAGCUCCAUGAGUGAAUCGUCUUCAGUGACUAUGCCACAGUCUGUUCGGUCAGAUCCAAAAUUAUUCAGAGACGAUGUAGAUAUCAAGUUCAGCAGAACUCUAAAUUCUUGUAAAGUACCUCAGAUACGACAUGCAAGUGUAGAGCGGUUACUUGAGCGACUCACUGAUCUCCGAUUUUUGAGUAUUGAUUUUCUGAACACCUUUCUCCUGACGUACCGUGUGUUUACAACAGGGCACACACUGUUGGAAUCUUUGAAGAAGGUCUACAAGAAUCCUGACACGGGUAAUCAAGAGACAGGAGCAAUGUGUCUGAAUGAUGUAGAGAGUGGAAGUCCCCCUCAUACAGAGUUCACCAAUGAGCCUCCUGAUACCAAACUUGUGAUCAAACCACAUGCAGAGAAGCUUCACAGGAUCAGUACAGGAUGUAUGACUGAAGUGUUGCCUGCAGCUCUCCAGAUGAAAGACACAGCAAGAGAUAUAGCUGGCUAUAUGGCACAUGCUGAUGUUGACAGAAUAUCACCAGCAGCAAUCAGUUUCAGGUAUGAUAGAAGUGAAUCCCUGGAAAGUGAUGACAGUAGAUCAGAACUUGCCAACUAUUUGAGUCCACCAAAAUGUAAACUGGCACCAAUUGCAUCAUGUGAAACACUUUGUGAUUCGGAUGUAGUGGAUGUGCCUGCAAUAACUACAGAUGACUCAUCUUCCUCAGGUAUUUUGUUAUCCGACUUUGACAUUGGAGAAUCCACCCCAGAUACUUGUGAUAGCAGUGACAGUGAGGGCAAACUGGCUCCACCAACCCAAGUUUGUGGAAUGGUGCUUACAGACAAUUUGAUUGCUGCCCCUAUUACCAGCCCUAACACAGUCAGCUCUGCAGCCAGUUCAGACACUUUGACCCCAGGAACACCUAGAGUCAGUCCAAUACCAUCUUUGUUUGGGAGUCCUAAGAAGGCUACACUUGUGUAUAGUAUAAAUGACAGACAGAGUAGCCCACAGAGGCGGGUGUCAAGUCCAUGCAAGGUGACUGACUCAUCAUUCAAUCUUGAUGCUCUUACACUGUCCCCAUGCAGUAGCCCAGUGCGACGCCCAGCUUCCUCCUCGCCUGUCCGUAUACCUUCACCAUUAGAUUGUAUCAAACAUGGAAAAAGUCACUCUCAAGGUCCUUCACCUUGCCUGUCACCAUCGGCGAGUCCAAAGUUGAGAAGGGCACCAUCACCAAUUAGCUACAGUAACUCAUCACCAAAUAUCGCACCUCAAAUUAAGAUUCGACCAUUUUCUGGAAAGCGUGGCAGUGCUGAGGCUGAGUCUAUCAAUAUUUCAACACCCCGUGGCAGUCUUGCACAGAUUGAAGGCUCUCCUCCUCAAGCUAAAGCAGGCACAGUUGUCACAUCUUCACGUGCAUCCAAGAGAAGGUCAAGUUCUUCUGCUGCCACAACUGCUUUUGCUGCGGCCACAGCAGGGCUAGCAAGUUGUCCUGUUAGCUCAGCAGCAGAUGACCAGAGGGGUAUCAACAGAUACCUAAGUGUAGUGUCAGGUGUUGAUCCACAUUCUCCCAAGAAGCGUGAAUCUGUAAUUUUUACAGCUGCCACCAUGAGAGUUCUCAAUGUCCUGAAACACUGGGUUUCGAAACAUCAACAGGAUUUUGAGUCAGAUCUGACUCUGAAAAGUUCUGUAAUGGAGCUUCUAGAUGAGAUGCUGAACAACAGCAACCUUCUGCCAACAGAACACAAAGCUGCUGGAUCUAUAUUACGCACAAUUACCAGGGAUACCUCUACUAUGUCACUUGAGGACCUCAACAAACUGCUUGCACCACCAGUGGUUCCAUCCAAAGACAACUUUGAUACUCUUUCAGCCCUGGAUAUAGCUGAACAGCUUACAUAUCUUGAUCACAAAAUCUUCAUGUCAAUAAACAGCGAAGAACUGUUGAGUCAAGCUUGGAUGAAACCAGAUAAAAGCAACAAAGCUGUUCAUGUUCUGCUGGUCAGUAAAAGAUUCAAUGAGGUCAGUAGACAAGUUGUGUCAGAAAUUGUUCGCCGUCCGAAUCUGCAAGAGAGAGUCUCAUGUAUUGAAAAAUGGGCAGCAAUUGCAGAUAUUUGCAGAUGUAUGCAUAACUACAAUGGUGUACUCCAGAUCUGUGCAGCAUUUGUCAACAGCUCAGUAUACCGACUGAAGAAAACCUGGGAGAGAUUAUCAAAACAGACCAAGCAAAUGAUUGAGAAACUCCAAGUCCUUGUGUCUUCUGAAGGAAGGUUCAAAAACAUGCGAGAAGCUCUUCAUAGAUGUGAUCCUCCAUGUAUUCCCUACCUUGGAAUGUACCUAACCGACUUGUCCUUCAUUGAAGAGGGAACACCAAACUUCACUGAAGAUGGUCUCGUCAAUUUUUCCAAGAUGCGUAUGAUUGCUCAUGUGAUACGAGAGAUCAGGCUCUUCCAGCAAACAUGGUAUAGAAUAGAACAUCAUUCACGGGUUACAAACUAUCUACUAGACCCAUUGAACCUACUUGAUGAGGAACAAACUUACAAGGCUUCACUAGGAAUAGAGCCCAAACAGUCACGAUUGUCAGUUGUAUCAGCACCACAAUGAAUAACAUGUGAAGCCUGAUCUGACAGACACAGUAUUGAAUUCCAACUACUAUGAAGAUCAUCGAGGCAACACCAAACCUCAUCUCAACUGUUGCAACUGUCAACAUACACGAACAUCAUGAACAGUUGUGGAGUUCACCAAGAACAGACAUUUGCAAUAUGAAGAACCUGUCAACACUAUCCACAUGCACAAGGAGAACAGCGGGUUAAGCAAUGACAAAUUUGCUUUUGUCCUCUCAGUGGCAUUUGUGGUUAUGCAGAUGUCAACAUGUUCUGUUUAGUAUAAGUCAAGAUAUUCAAACAUUUACAAUGAGCAAGAUAAAAAGUCAUUCACAAUAGUAUGUUAGCUAGCAACCACAAAAAUGUUUUCAUUCCUCUUGUCCUUGUAUAUAUACAACCUAUUCUAAUAUACUCAAAGGCAAAAGUAUUUGAGAAAAAUAAUGAAAAUCUGUCAUUCCAAAUGAAGAGCGCUCCUGCCAUAUGUGAACAAGUCAUGUCAUACAAGGAGGUUCAGAGGCAAGAUUGCUAGUGAAUGUGUCUACCUUAUGCAUUGAUGCCAGCCUGACACAUUCACCUCAUUGAGGUCCCUAAAUGGUGAUGAAAGGCAGAGGGAGUGGCAUUACAUGUCUGAGGAAAACUGAGCUGGAGUUCCUGCAACAUUGAUGGAGGAUUUGAAAAAGGUUGCUAACAUUCAGUUUCAUCCAAGAAAUUAUCAACUGGUGACAGGUCAGGGGAUCUUGCAGGCCUGGGAAACACAUAAACAUUAACCAAGACGUUCUACCAUUAGGAUUGAUUGCCUACUGUUCUUGUAGAUACCCUUCUGUUGCAGUUUUUGAUACUUCUGUGAGAGUUGCUGUCUGGAACCUACUGUAUAUCGAAGAUGCAUGGUUCUAAUCCAUGUCAUGGAGAGGGGUAGUCAUGCGUCAGCAGCCAAUACAGCAUGGUCUUUAACAUGGUUGUUCUGUUGAUAAUUUGGUAUUUCUGUAGAUGGUAAAUUGACAUACAACAUCUUGCAGCAAGGUACCUGGUUCAAACCUUUCUAUGGCCCGCCAUCUGUCAUGUUCACCUUGGCUGGGUGAAGUCUCAUAAAGAAAUAAUCCAAAGUGGUGUUUUUCUGAACUUUGCAAUUCCGAAGAUUGCUUAGAGUGACAGUGAUAUGGGUUUGGGUAUCUGGGCCUAGAGUUUCGAAACAAUCUCAGAUUAUCAUAAAGUUAUCAUAAGGAAAUCAUACUCUGUUGUAGCCUAUUUUUGAAACUAUCUAAGCCCUUAGAUGUUGUAAGAUUUUCGUAAAUCAAAGAUACCUUUAUACCUGUUGUAAUUUUUUUUUUAUCUUCAUCCACCAACAUGGGUGCGUACUUUGCCAUAGAUAUUGUUCAUACAAAUAAUCUGCUUUGUAACAUUGACAUUUUAUUUUGUUGAACUUUGUGAUACAAAUUGACCCUUCAAAAACACAGAGAACGAAUUAAAGAUUUCACAUCA